UCGGAGAUUUUUUGGGAUCGUAAUAUGAACAUGUUGUGGAUUUUGCUCUUCCUCAUAAUUUCCUGCCAUGUGUCUGUGAACCAAAAUUCUGGCCCUCAGUAUGCAGACGUGGUGUUCCUGGUGGACAGCUCCGACCACCUGGGCAUUAAGAACGUCCCCUUCGUGAAAACCUUCCUGAACAAAAUGAUCGCCAGCCUCCCCAUCGAGGCCAACAAGUACCGCGUGGCGCUGGCCCAGUACAGCGACCAGCUCCACAGCGAGUUCCAGCUGGGCACUUUCAAGGGCAAGGGCCCCAUGCUGAAUUACAUCAGGAAUAACUUGAACUCCUUGGGCGGCUCCCUGCGCCUCGGGAACGCACUCAGGGAGGCGCACCAGACUUACUUCUCCGCCUCUGCUCAGGGCCGAGACAAGAAGCAGUUCCCACCCAUUCUGGUGGUGCUGGCUUCUGCCAAGUCUGAGGAUGACGUAGAAGAGGCGGCAGAGGCUCUGCGCCAAGACGGGGUGCGAAUCAUCUCCGUGGGGGUGCAGAGAGCUGCGGAGGACAACCUGAAGGCCAUGGCCACUGCUCAGUUCCAUUUCCACCUUCGGACAGUCAGAGACCUGAGCACGUUCUCUCAGAACAUGACGCAAGCCAUCAGGGACGCGGUGCAGUACAGGGAUGCGGCCAUGGAUGACCUCAUUGCAGAAGUUUGCCAAGGCCCCUCCGUGGCUGAUGUCGUGUUCCUGUUAGAUGUGGCAGUCAACGGCAGCCAGAACUUGGACUAUCUGAAGGCGUUCCUGGAAGAAAGCCUCUCUGCCCUUGACAUAAAGGAAAACUGCAUGCGAGUGGGCCUUGUGGCUUACACCAAUGAGACGGAGGUGAUCAGCUCUCUGAGCCGGGGCACCAAUAGAUCAGUGGUUCUCCAGCACGUAGCAGAUCUCAGCCCCCGAGCUGGGGAGGCUUACACCGGCGCUGCCCUCCGAGCGCUCAGGAAGGAGGUCUUCAGUGCCCGUGGCGGCAGCCGGAAGAAUCAGGGUGUGCCCCAGGUCUUGGUGCUGGUCACUCACAGGGUUUCGGAGGACAACGUGACCAAGGCAGCUGUGAACCUCCGGCGCCAUGGGGUGACAGUGUUCACUUUGGGAAUACAGGGGGCCAGUGCCAGCCAGUUGAAGAAGAUAGCAUCUCACCCCGCUGAGAACUACUUCACCAAGCUGCCAACCUUCUCGGACCUGGCCGCCCACAAUCAGACAUUUUUGAAGAAGCUGCAGAACCAGAUAACCCACACAGUCACUGUCCUUUCCGAACGGACUGCAACCCUCAAGUCCGGCUGUGUGCAGACGGAGGAAGCAGACAUCUUUCUGCUCAUUGAUGGCUCAGGGAGCAUCCAGGCCACAGAGUUCCAGGAAAUCAAGGCCUUCCUGUCGGAGGUGGUGGCCAUGUUCAACAUUGCUCCCCACAAGGUGCGGGUCGCAGCUGUGCAGUACGCCGACGGCUGGGACUUGGAAUUUGACGUUGAUAAGUACUCCAACAAGCAGGAUGUGGGAAAGGCCAUUGAGAACAUCAGGCAGUUGGGUGGGAACACAAGCAUGGGGGCAGCCCUGAAUUUCACAGUGAGGCUGUUGGAGAAGGCAAAGAAGCAACGAGGAAACAAAGUGCCGUGUCACCUGGUUGUCCUGACAAAUGGUGUGUCUGAGGAUAGCAUCUUGGAGCCUGUGCGAAGACUGAGAGAGGAGUCUAUCCACGUCCAUGCCAUUGGGGUCAAGGAGGCCAACCAGACGCAGCUGCGAGAGAUUGCAGGCGGGGACAGGAGAGUGUAUUAUGUGCAUGACUUUGAUGCCUUAAAAGACAUAAGAAACCAAGUUGUUCAGGAAAUCUGCACUGAAGAAGCCUGCAAAGACAUGAAAGCCGACAUCAUGUUUCUGGUGGACAGUUCGGGAAGCAUAGGACUCGAGAACUUUGGCAAAAUGAAAACAUUUAUGAAAAACCUGGUGAGCAAAUCUCAGAUUGGGGCAGAUCGAGUACAGAUUGGAGUUGUCCAGUUCAGCCACACCGAGAAGGAGGAGUUUCAGCUCGACACGUUUACAUCACAGAGUGACAUCUCAAAUGCAAUAGAUGGAAUGGCUCAUAUUGGCGAAACCACCCUGACUGGUCACGCUUUAACCUUUGUGUCUCAGUACUUCAGCCCUGCCAAGGGGGCCCGGCCCGGUGUCAGGAAAUUCCUUAUCCUCAUCACAGAUGGUGAAGCCCAGGAUGUAGUGAAGGGUCCCGCAGAAGCACUUCGGCAAGAAGGCGUAAUUAUCUACUCGGUGGGAGUGUUUGGCUCCAAUGUCACCCAGCUCAAGGAGAUCAGUGGGAGGCCAGAGAUGGUUUUUUAUGUUGAGAAUUUUGACAUUCUACAGCACAUAGAGGAUGACCUGGUUUUUGGAAUCUGCAGUCCCCGUGAAGAGUGCAAACGGAUCGAAGUGCUGGAUGUUGUAUUCGUCAUCGAUAGCUCUGGCAGCAUUGACUAUGAUGAAUACAACAUUAUGAAGGAAUUCAUGGUUGGCUUAGUGAAGAAAGCUGAUGUCGGCAAAUCACAGGUCCGCUUUGGGGCUCUGAAGUAUGCUGACAACCCAGAGGUGCUAUUUAAAUUGGAUGACUUAAGCACCAAGUGGGAGGUGAUUUCCACACUGCAGAAUGACCAGCCCAUGGGGGGCAAUACCUACACUGCCAAGGCACUGGACUUCUCAAGCCACAUGUUCACUGAGGCCUGGGGCAGCCGCCUGCACAAAGGGGUGCCCCAGGUCCUCAUUGUGAUCACUGACGGGGAAUCCCAUGACAGUGAUAAACUCAAUGCCACUGCGAAGGCCUUGCGUGACAAGGGCAUCCUCAUCCUGGCUGUGGGCAUUGCUGGCGCCAAUCACGUGGAGCUGUUGGCCAUGGCGGGUUCAAGUGACAAGUACUACUUCGUGGAGACUUUUGGAGGCCUGAAGGGGAUAUUUGCCAAUGUGUCAGAGAGUGUCUGUACCUCUUCGAAAGUAGAGUGCGAAAUUGAAAAAGUAGAUCUUGUUUUCCUCCUGGAUGGUUCCAACAGCAUUGACCCAAGAGACUUCAAGAAGAUGAAGGAAUUUUUGGCAUCCGUCGUUCAAGACUUUGAUGUGAACCUGCACAGAGUGCGGAUCGGAGCAGCCCAGUUCAGCCACACCUACCGGCCUGAGUUUCCACUGGGAAUGUCUGCAGGCGUACAGGAGGUGUCGCUUCAGAUCGAAAACAUCCAGCAGAUCUUUGGGUUCACACACAUUGGUGAUGCCCUCCGCCAGGUGGGAGAUUACUUCCAGGCAGACGGGGGCAGCAGGAUCAACACAGGAACUCCGCAGGUGUUGCUGGUCCUCACGGAUGGCCAGUCCCAGGAUGAGGUGGCCCAGGCUGCCGAGGAGCUGAGACACAAGGGCGUGGACAUCUACGCCGUGGGCAUUGGCCAGGUGGACCAUCAGCAGCUCAUCCAGAUCACUGGCACUGCAGAUAAGAAGCUCACAGUGGAUAACUUCGAUGAACUGAGAAAGGUCAAGAAAAGGAUUGUUCGCAACAUCUGUACCUCGGGGAGCGAGACUAAUUGUUUUGUGGAUGUUGUGGUGGGAUUUGAUGUCUCAACUUAUCAGAGUGGACAGACUUUGUUUGAAGGCCAGCCGUGGAUAGAAACCUACCUUCAAGACAUUUUACGGGCCAUUAGCUCCCUCAAUGGAGUAAGCUGUGAAGUGGGCACAGAGACACGGGUUAGUGUGGCUUUUCAAGUGACAAAUGCCCUGGGGAAAUACUCUCCCAAGUUUGAGAUCUACAGUGACAACAUCCUGAACAGCUUGAAGAGCAUAACAGUUCAAGGACCUUCACUGCUCAACACAAACCUCUUGACUUCUCUAUGGGAAGCGUUUCAGAAUAAAUCAGCUGCCCGAGGAAAGGUGAUCCUUUUAUUUUCAGAUGGAUUGGAUGAUGACAUAGAGAAACUUGAGCAAAAGUCUGAUGAACUCCGAAAAGAAGGCCUGAAUGCCCUCCUAACCGUGGCUCUGGACGGAGCUGUCCACUCGGGUGACCUGGCCGAUCUUCUCUCCAUGGAGUUCGGGAAGGGAUUUGAGUACAGGACACAGCUCACUAUUGGCAUGAGGGAUCUUGGGAGCCGGCUGUCCAAGUACCUGGUCAAUGUUGCUGAGAAGACGUGCUGCUGUCUGUUCUGCAAGUGCAUUGGAGAAGGUGGCACCUUGGGAGAGCCUGGCCCCCCGGGGAGAAAGGGCGCCUCGGGUUUUAAAGGCAGUGCCGGCUACCUGGGAGAAGAGGGUGCUGCGGGAGAAAGAGGAGCUCGUGGGCCAGUGGGGGAGCAAGGGACUGAAGGAUGUCAGGGUGCCAAAGGCCCCAAGGGAAUCAGAGGACUGGAUGGACAGAAGGGAGAAGAUGGGGAAAGUGGAAUUGAUGGAUUGAGUGGAGAACAGGGGGACAGUGGUCUUUCUGGAAGAAAAGGAGAAAAGGGUGACAGUGGAAUCCAGGGCAUCCCUGGAAGGAGAGGCAUUUCUGGUGACCGUGGAGCCAAGGGCCUGCAAGGAGAUCCUGGAAUUCCUGGAAUUGAUAAUAGCAUACAAGGACCCAAGGGCUUGAAAGGAGAACGUGGAAGACAAGGCAGGCGAGGCCAGCUGGGCGCCCCUGGAACUCCAGGCUCCAGAAUAAGGACGGUGACUCGUGGCCAAAGGGGACAAGCAGGGCCACAGGGAGUACCAGGCAUCCCCGGCCCAGAUGGACUGGAAGGCUCCCAGGGACUCAGGGGCACACAGGGCCGAAGAGGAGAGACUGGUAUGAAAGGAGAAAAAGGAGAUCUGGGAAGAAAAGGUCCCCAGGGGCCUGCAGGACCUGCAGGAGAAACAGGGAAUCCAGGCCGUAUGGGAAGCCAAGGCAAUAAAGGAGAACCUGGAGAUGUUGGGCCGAAAGGAGCUGUUGGCUUUCCUGGUCCUCGGGGCUUGCCGGGUGACAUUGGCAGUCCUGGCUACGGUGGUGUGGGAAGUAAAGGGACAAAGGGGCAAGAAGGAUUCCCUGGAGAGAGUGGCCCUAAGGGUGAGAUGGGGGACCCUGGUAGCCCAGGAGAGAUGGGACCCAAGGGAGCUAGAGGCAGAACGGUAUCUGCUGGGCUGCCAGGAGAGCCAGGAUCGCCUGGGGAGCCAGGACCCCCAGGACGCAAGGGUUUGAAAGGCACCCAAGGCUUGGCGCCCUUCUCCGUGUGUGAGCUCAUCCAGUAUGUGCGGGACCACAGCCCCGGCGGACACGGAAGCCCCGAGUGCCCUGUGCACCCCACGGACUUGGUGUUCGCGCUGGACCAGUCACAGGGCGUCACGGCACAGGCGUUCACACGCAUGAAGGAGAUGGCGGCAGCCAUGCUGCGCGACCUGCGUGUGCGCACCGGCGGCUGCGCGGUGGGCGCACGCGUGGCGCUCCUCACUUAUGGGGGCGCGGGCACCCAGCAGCUGGUGCGCUUCUCCGACGCACUGGACCAGAGCCAGCUCCUCAGCACGCUCAAUGCCAUCCCUCACGAGGCGGCAGCGUCCAGCGGUGGCGGGCUGGGCCGCGCCAUGAGGUUCAUCUCCAGGCACGUGUUCAAACGCACACUGCCAGGCCCCCACGCGAGGAGGAUAGCCACCUUCUUCAGCGCGGGCCCGGCUGACCCCUCCGAUGCUCAGGAGCUCACGACGGCUGCCAUGGAGCUGGGCGCGCUGGACAUCGUUCCUGUGGUGGUCGCCUUCGGUGCGGUCCCGGCCGUGCGGCGGGCAUUCGCGAUCGAUGACACUGGCACGUUCCAAGUGGUGGUGGUUCCCCCUGCGGCUGACUACAUGCCAACGUUAGCGAGACUCCAGCGGUGCACUUUCUGCUAUGAUAUGUGCAAGCCAGAUGCUGCCUGUGACCAAGGCAGCCCAGCCCCUGUGCAGUCUUACAUCGAUGCUGCCUUCCUCCUGGAUGGCUCCCGCAACUCUGCAAGUGCUCAAUUCGAAGAUCUCAGAGCCUUCCUGGGAGCGCUCUUGGAUCACUUUGAAAUCAGCACAGACCCUGAGACCUCUGUCACCGGAGACCGGGUGGCGCUGCUGACCCAUGGGCCCCCUGACUUCCUCCCCAGCACUGAGAGGAGUCCCGUGAGAGCGGAGUUCAACCUGACCGCCUACAGCAGUAAGCACCUCAUGAAGAGGCAUGUGCAAGAGUCAGUACAGCAACUCAACGGAGAGGCUUUCGUUGGGCACGCCUUGCAGUGGACGCUGGACAAGGUCUUUUUAAGGACACCCCACCUGAGAAGAAACAAAGUCAUAUUCGUGAUCUCUGCUGGGGAAACCAGUCACCUGGAUAUGGAAGUAUUAAAGGAAGAAUCCAUGCGAGCCAAGUGUCAGGGCUAUGCCCUGUUUGUGUUUUCCCUUGGCCCUGCUUGGAAUGGUGACGAACUGGAAGACCUGGCCAGCCGCCCUUUGGAUCAGCACUUGGUCCAGCUUGGCCGCAUUCACAAACCCGACCACAAGUAUGGCGUGAAGUUUGUGAAGUCCUUUAUCAACUCAGUCAGGCGUGCAAUCAACAGAUACCCCCCAAUAAACCUCAAAGCCAGGUGCAACAGACUGAGCUCCACAGAGCCAAAGCCACCACCCCUACGGAAAUUUCAAAGCUUUGUUCCUGGGCCACAUAAACCCGUCCUCAAAGAAGUCGUAUUACAGAAGGCAAAAUUCUUCCAAAAUAAAAAAUACCUUUCAAGAAUUACAAGAGGUGGCAGGGAUGAUGCCAUUCAGAAAUCUGCCAGAAAUACAUCCUACAAUUUUCAAGUCGGAUACAAGGACAUAUAAGCUCCUCCCAGACGACAUGAGAAAGGAAGUGCAUGAUCAGCUUGAUCUUAGGAAGCACGGGUAAGACUCUGGACUUCAGGAACUCGACAUACUGCCAGGACUGUGGGACA